AUUUGUUUGUUUUCUACUGGAAGAAUAGACAGUGCAUGUAAAUAGUCCAGUUGAGCCAGGAAGCUUUCUCUGCCUGUCUGUCUCUCAGCCAGGCAGCUUUCUCGGUCUGUCUCUCAGGCAGGAAGCAGCGUGGGCAGCCAGCCUCCCUGUGGCACCGCUGCGUCACGGUUUUUCCAGUGACGAGGAGGCUGCGCUGCGGAGCGGUCUGUCUCAGACAAGGGGAAGGCUGCCACUGACAGUGUGCUCUGCUACAGUCGAGACAAAAGCGAGAGGUCUGUUCGAGGAUAAAGUGCAAUUGUGUCGCUUGGAUUGUGACUAUAUUUUCACUAAUGAUGAUCUGAAGUAUUGAUCAGCUCCAUGCUAGAGCCAUGAGCGGUUUACUGAAGAGGAAGUUUGAGGAGGUCUGUGAUGAGGACCAGUGCUACUCCUCGUCCUCCUCCCUGUCGUCCUCAGCCUACUCUGGGUGGGACUCGGAGGGCGAAAGCUGCUACUCAGACACCCUUGACUCAACACCCAGCAACCCUGGCUCUCCAGACACACACUACAAUACCAAGUCCAUCCUGAAGAAGGCUAAGUGUGCGCAGGGUGGGCGGGGCAACGUGACCUUUGACAUGCUGACAGUGUUCCUGUUCCCGCGGUGCCAGGGCUUCAGCAGCGUGCCCAGUAGGGGGGGCUGUUCACUGGGCAUGAUGCAGCGCCACAGCGCCCUCCGCAGGUACACCCUGGAUGAGUACGCUGUGGAGCAACACACCCUCCGUCGGGAGAAACUCCUCGACCGCCUCCGAGAGGAGAAACUGGAUGCUCUCAAACAGAAGCUGACUAAGGGAGGCACGGUGGAGUCAGAGGAGGCUGACCGCCUCACUGUCGAAGACAUCCCAGAGGACGAGAUGGACAUUAGCAGCUGUAACCUAGACGACGGCUCCUUCCUCCACCCCUACCCCUCCAAGAGGAGACAUGCCCUGCUGAAGGCUGCGGGGGUGAAGGUGGAGAAGGAGGAGAAGAGACAGCUGCAGCAGCUCAGAGUGUCCAGGGAGGACUGUGGGUGUGACUGCCAGGGUUUCUGUGAGCCAGAGACCUGCGCCUGCAGCCUGGCAGGCAUCAAGUGUCAGAUGGACCAGUCGUCAUUUCCCUGCGGCUGCACUAAGGAUGGCUGCGGUAACCAGGAAGGUCGUGAAGAGUUCAACUCCAGCCGGGUUCAGACCCACUACAUCCACACCAUCAUGAAGCUAGAGCUGGAGAAGAGACUGGAGGAGACGUCUGGACCAGAGGAAGAGGACCUGGAAGAGACCGCCCCAUGUCACUACUACAACCCCUUGUCCAACCGCUCCUCCUUCCACUUCAUCUCAAAGCUGGCGGCGGUCAGGGAGAACAGCUGUAGUAGCGACAUGACCGACUCCUCUGCCUCCUCUGGGGGGAGUGAAUACUCAGAGGAAGGGGCGGAGUUAGGGCGGCACUCCCGGGAGGAUGGCCCUCUGCUGGAUGAUGUGGAUGAGAACGGACUGAGCCGCAUCCUCAGCUUCAGUGACAUCGAUGACAACGACGACUACAAUGUAAACAACCGCGUUGUCAAUGACAACCGCUGCUGCCCCGAGCAACGUCUACAGCAACAGCCGUGGAUGUUGACAGGGUUUAUCACGGCAGACUUCAAAGAGGAUAAUAACAAUCUAGUGGUGCACAGAGACAACCGGGCCAUGGCCAUAACACAACUGUUAGAUGAUAACGCUAACCAAGGCAACGCUCUGUUCCACCACAGCGGCUGCAGUGUUCCCAACACCCUCUCUUCCUCAGUAGACUGCCCCAACACCCUCUCUUCCUCAGUAGACUGCCCCAACACCCUCUCUUCCUCAGUAGACUGCCCCAACACCCUCUCUUCCUCAGUAGACUGCCCCAACACCCUCUCUUCCUCAGUAGACUGCCCCAACACCCUCUCUUCCUCAGUAGACUGCCCCAACACCCUCUCUUCCUCAGUAGACUGCCCCAACACCCCCUCUUCCUCAGUAGACUGCCCCAACACCCCCUCUUCCUCAGUAGACUGCCCCAACAACCCCUCUUCCUCAGUAGACUGCCCCAACAACCCCUCUUCCUCAGUAGACUGCCCCAACAACCCCUCUUCCUCAGUAGACUGCCCCAACAACCCCUCUUCCUCAGUAGACUGCCCCAACAACCCUCUUCCUCAGUAGACUGCC